CUCUGGCCAAUGAAUACCCUGGACACCAUUUGGAUCCUUAGUAUGAAUUGUAUAUACAGUAUGAGACUGCCUGUUUAAUGACCUGGAAGUAUUUUACGUAAUUGUAGGAGGCUGUUACCAUGUUUGAAGAUUUCACCUUAAAAAUCAAGAACGUCACGAAAGACAAGGCCGGCCUAGAAGAGGUUAAAACACUGAAAACAUCCAUCUUUGAGGUGGCAGAGGCCAUCGAGAAAUUUGCUCUUAAUUACGGCAACCGACACCUGAGAGGAAUGAGGCUUUCAGAAAGGAUCGUUUCCCCCAAAAUGGAUUUCAUCAUAAAAAUCAAGAACGUCUCAAAAGACAAGGCCGGCAUGGAAGAGGUUAAAACACUGAAAAAAUCCAUCUUUGAGGUGGCAGAGGCCGUCGAGAAAUUUGCUCUUAAUUAUGGCGAGCAACACCUUAUUGCAGGGAUGCCUCCAGAAAGGAUCGUUUCCCCCAAAAUAGUGUUGGCCAUUCAAAAGGCCUAUCGCCAGAAUAAAAGUGGUUUCCACUUUGAGGAACAACAAUGGCAAGCGAGAAUCGAUAUUGCUUCUUCAAAUUUUGAGGAAAAUGUUAAAGGAUCAUUGGUAGUUGCGUUUGUGUACAAGGAUCUGCAUGACCUACUUCUGACAGAUCAAGCCAUCAGGAGUGAAACAGACAACCAAAGACGUAAUGUUGCUUCCUUGGUUUUGGUCCAUUUUCAAAUACAAUUUCUUCAUAGGAAUAUCAACUCCAGGAUAAUGGCCGUAACUAUGGACCCCAAGCCAGAAACAUUGAGAGAAAAUGUCACCCUAAAGUUCAAAAACCUAAAGGUCUUGGCAGCGGAGAAACGCUGUAUGUUUUGGAGUAACCUCAGCAAAAGCUUUUCAGAGGAAGGAUGUCAUGUAGUUACAUCAAAAAGCAACUCAGAAGAAACAUUUUGCAGGUGCAAUCAUUUGACGCAUUUUGCCGUCUUAAUGGACUACGACGGUAGCACAAAGGUGAUAGCUGCCUGUAUUACAAUAGCAGCUCUGAUGCAGUAUUUCUUGAUGACUGCUUUCUGUUGGAUGCUGAUCGAGGGAAUUUAUCUCUACUUCUUCGUUGUGAAAGUUUACAACAUUAACACCAAGAUGUACAUGUAUUACGUCAUCUCAUGGGGUCUUCCACUGAUCAUGGUGGCCAUGUCACUUGGCAUCGCUGCUGGAAAAGAAGGGUUACAAAGCUAUACGAGUGAUAAACACUGCUGGCUUUCCUCGACUAACAACCUGAUCUGGAUAUUCGUCGCCUUUGUGGCUUUCAUUGAAGUUCUCAACAUCUUGAUACUCGCACGAGUGAUAGAGGAGAUGACCAACUUGUUGCAGCCAACAGGAGAAGACGACCAUUCCCAUCAAAUACGAAUUGGCAUUAAAGCAUGCGUGGUGAUGAUUCCCCUGCUGGGCGUCACGUGGCUAUUUGGUCUCCUCUCGCCUGUACAUAAAGCAUUCGUUUACAUCUUCACCAUACUUAACUCUUCUCAGGGUUUCCUAAUUUUCGCUCUACAUAGCAUGCGAAACACUCAGAUCAGAGAGCGUUUCAAAAGAAAGAUGAAUAUCGUUUUUCCAUCCUCUGUAAAGAACAACUCUACAAGGAAGAGCUCACAGGUCAAUCCAAGUGAGGCUGGGGAUGAAUGGGCAGUUGAAUUGCAGUCGUGCUGAAUUUGAAUCGAAAUCGCACUUAACUUAAUUAACUGGAUCCGGCCGACCGGAAAUGAUGGUCAAUUACUCAGUAAAAUCACUUAGUUAACAGCAAUAGGUCGGUAAGGAUCUAUCUGACUUGCGAUCUGCAGGUAAAAAGAGAUCUUUCUUACCAUUAUUGUUUAAGCACUCAACUAGCUGUAAAUGUAACCUCUUCUUUAUGAUUAUGAGAUUAUUUUCUAGGCGAUCGCAUAUUUGCAGGAAACAUUUAUCGAAAUAAACCAAUCUAUAAAUUUAAA